GUUUCGACAAACAAGAGAGGAGCCGAUCAUCAGAAGGAGAAGGGAUCUUCCUUUUGCGAUCUCUGAGAUUCCUCCGAACCAAAUCUCGUAAUUUCGAUCGCCCCUGAAGCUAGAUCUUCUUCGAUUCGCGCUGUCAUCAACUUUAAGGGAAUCUCCAGAUUUUAAUCGGGAAAUGGUGCUGGUUCUGGCAUUGGGGGAUCUCCAUGUACCACAUAGAGCGGCGGAUCUGCCUCCAAAAUUCAAAUCGAUGCUUGUUCCCGGAAAGAUUCAACACAUCAUCUGCACUGGCAAUCUCUGCAUCAAAGAAAUCCACGACUACUUGAAGACUAUAUGCCCUGAUUUGCAUAUAGUUCGUGGGGAGUUUGACGAAGAUGCACGCUACCCUGAGACCAAAACCUUGACCAUCGGCCAGUUCAAGCUUGGACUCUGCCACGGCCACCAGGUGAUCCCAUGGGGUGAUCUUGAUUCACUUGCCAUGCUUCAGAGACAACUCGACGUGGACAUACUUGUAACAGGCCACACCCACCAGUUCACCGCCUACAAACACGAGGGAGGAGUCGUGAUUAACCCUGGCUCUGCAACCGGAGCUUAUAGUAGCAUAAACCAAGAUGUUAACCCGAGCUUUGUUCUUAUGGAUAUCGAUGGUCUUCGAGUUGUGGUCUAUGUCUAUGAGCUCGUCGACGGAGAGGUUAAGGUCGACAAGAUCGAUUUCAAGAAGACCUCCACUUCCAGCUCUGCUCCUUAGCGGCCUGAACCCCUGUUUUUUAUGUUUUCGUUUGGAAUCACUCGUCAAAUUUGGAACUUUCUUUAGCUUGCUUGUGAAAAUAAUAUUCAAAGAUUUGGAAAUUGGACCACUGAUAACAAUGUUUUGCAAGUCACUUGAAGUUGA